AUGGCUUCUUUAUCAAUAUAUCCUCCUGUUAAGGAUAUAACCAUGUGGUUUAUCGGAAUGACAAAAAGCAUUAAAGAUUUGGAAAAAAACUUAGCAUAUCUCGUGAUAGAUGUGGUAGCCAUUAAAUCAGGAAUGAGUAGCAUUGAUAAAUCACUGAAAUAUUUGUCUGUCUACAAAGAGAAGAACGUUAACUACGAAUCGGUGGAGCUGAAAAUCAAAACUUUGAUGCUCAAGUACAAGAAGUUCAUUGACACCUACAAACAAGUCACCGAAGGCAUCCCAAUUAUCGGGGAUGAGGUAGACGUCGACAAUGCAAAAAGGAUUAUAGAUGAACUUGACAAAAUAAAGCCGAAGAUCUUCACACAUAAAUUUGUCAAGCGUGGUGAACUGAGUAGAGAUAUUGCGGAGCUAAAAGUCGAAGCGUCUUCACUCCUUAAAGAUAUAAACGAGGAUAAUCUGACAGUUGAGAAGAAACAAGAAGUUCCUCAACACUUGAGAGCUUACGAUAAUCUUCCAGUCCACAAAGAAUAUGUCAAGGAGCUUAUGGUGCACCUCCACGAUCCAAAAUUGAAGGUGAUUGGUCUCGUCGGCCCAGCUGGGGUGGGAAAAACAAAUGUAUUGAGGCUGUUGAACAAUCAAAUAAUAGAUACUAUGUGGUUGCCGGGGGAAACGCGGUUAGACUUCAUCCUGGUCAUAACUCUUCCCAAAGAACUGGACAAGAAAGAGAAGAUUAUCGAAACAAUACAGGAUCGCGUUCUGAAGAAGCUAAAACAGGCUGUACCGGACAACGCGGAUGAAAGGGAAUUUGAACUUUCUAAAUUCCUGGGUGACAAAUCAUUCAUACUGCUCAUUGAUCAGAUCUGCACAGAUAUUGAUCUAAAUAAACUGGGACUACCAAACAACGACCGUUGGAAAGUUGUCUUGGCAUCCCAUAGCCAAAAGGUUAUCAACGAGAUGGCUAGCACAAUAGUCGAAAUGGAGCCGCUCUCAAUCGAUCACGCAAUCAACCUUUUUCAGAACAUAUACGGUAAAAUAAAUGACGAGAAUUUGGAGCUUAAGGCUCAUGGAAUACUCAAGUGCUGCGGAGGGCUACCACAGGUGAUCAAGUUAGUAGCUGUUCAUUUAAAAGACAAGAGAAGCUCGUGGGAUGGAGUGAAGCGUAUUUUACAGAAUGACACCGAUGCCAAGUUCCUAGGCGCUCCGGAUGUUUGUAAUGCAUACAAAAUGGUAUAUGAUAAACUGCACGAGGAGAUGUCAGCUGGAUGGAAUAUAAAAAGAUGCUUACUCUACGGCCUACUGUUUCCACUCGAGCACUUAAUCCACAAAGACUAUUUAACAGAGUGCUGGAUGUCUGAAGGUUUCAAUGAUCUGGAAGAAGACGUUGACCAGCGACUGCAAGAAAGUCGAGGCUUGGGAGAUACACUAUUGAAGACACUUACAGACAACUACUUGCUAUUGUGGUGUUCUGACGGGCAUGUGAAGAUGCCAAUUUACUUCAGAAAGUUAGCUUUCAAAGAAGAAUACAUGGCGAAAGAAAACUGUCUUAUUUUGAAGGCAUCGCAACGAGGAAUGCCGGAUAAUGCAAACAGUGAUUCUACCUUGUUGCAGGAGAGGAACACGAAGUGGGUAACACUUGAGGACUCGCUAUUUGAGCAUAUGGGCGUCGGUCUUCGAGUUCUGGACCUGAACAAAACAACGAUCAAAUCACUACCAAAUCCAGUUACUAAAUUCACCAAACUGGUGAGUUUAUAUCUGAACGACUGUUCUCAGUUGACCGGACUACCGAAUGAAGUAGAGAACCUCAAGGCGUUGGAAUUGCUUGAUGUUCGGGGAACUUCACUUCAAAGUUUACCUGAUGAAAUCGGUCUGUUGGUUGGCCUUCGGUGUUUGAGGGUGUCGUUUGCCUGUGGAAGCAAAGUGACUCAAGAGAUGAUUCCUGGUGGCAUAAUCGACAAACUCAAGAAACUAGAAGAAUUCUCUGUUGAGACGUGCAUUUCCAAUAAACGGUGGAAUUCUAUUGCUGAUAGAGUAGCUGGUGAGCUUGCCAGUUUGGAAAAGUUGAAUACUCUUAACUUCCGUUUUCCAACGAUAAGUAGCCUUACAACAUUUGUUACUGAACGCCAAUCCUGGCAAAACAGAAACACACUUGAGCCCAGAUAUACGUUUAGAUCCUUCAAUUUUUUUGUUGGUUCCCAUGGUUUGCGACAUCCGUAUGAUUCAGAUAUUUCUGAAACUGGAAAAAAACUCAGAUUUUGCACCGGUGAAGAAAAUUGUUCGGAUAACGAUUUUGAAUCGAUAAAAGAUGUUUUGAAGCAAGCCGAAGCUUUCGUACUAUUUGGCCAUGUGGGUGUUCAGAGUUUGAACGAGUUUGGCUUGGAAAAUGUCAGAUCGUUGAAAGUUUUGAUCGCCGGACGUUGUCAUAACUUAAAAACAAUUUUCAGAGAAGAGCUUGAUGUUGUAUUCAAGAGUUUGAAGAAGCUGCAAUUAUUUAAUCUCAACUCGUUGCAAUGUAUUUGGAGAGGAUCGGCCCCGAUUCCUCAAGGAUGCCUUUCAAAGUUGGAGGUGCUGACAUUGUGUGGAUGUCCAGAGUUAAAAGAGAUUCUGAAUCUGGAGUUAGCGAAAGCUCUUUCGAGCUUAAAGCACCUAAAAGUUGAGAAUUGUGCCCAACUUGUAACGAUUGUCUCUAGUAACAUGCACGAACCAGAUGAUCACCAAUCUAAUGAUGCCCUACAAAAGUUAGAGACUCUUGAACUGAAAAACUUGCCAAAACUGCAAAGUAUAUGCACGGGUACCUCACCGAACUCGGGUUCAUCAUUGAGGAUAAUUCAUAUAGAAAGAUGCGGUGAAUUGAGGGAUUUGUCUAUGAUUUUGAAUAGUGCAAAAAAGGUUGAAAAAAUAAUGUGUGAAUCCCAUUGGUGGGAGAAACUUGUGCUGGGAGAUGAAAACAAGGAACAUUUUCGGAGUCGUGGGAUUGUAGUCACUUUACAACCCUUGUCUGUCGUAGCCGGUGGAGCAGAGUCGUCUUCGUCUGGCUCUGGAAGAUCAGUCAACCAUUUUGAAGAAUCAUCUUGUGUAUCAUGUGCAUGUGGAGAAAAGUAA